AUGCAUGAUAUUUAUAAUCGCACCGCCCACACAGCGUCGCCACGGGCCUUCCCUCCUACUUCUGGUUCAAGCAAACUUGUGCAGUUGUCUUCAUUUAGCAUCAGCACUAGCAAGGCCGGCAAGACCUCAGCAGCCAGCCAAUUGCACUCCAAUUUUUCACCUCCUCGCCCGACACGAACACCUAGUACGAACACGUUACAUGGUCAGAACAACAAAAUCAAACCAACCACAGCAACUGUAGUUGCUUCUCGGAAUAAACCAUCAUCAGUUAGCUCGACUACUGGAAUACUAAUAGAAAUUCCAUCUCCCCCACUCCCAAGGACGUUUAUAUCUCCUGCAUCGUCAAAGGUUUCCCUCAUUCGAGCUGCUCGAUACUCGCCACAAGUAGUCCCUGCACUCCCCUCUGCAGUUUCAGCACCACCACCAGCAGUAUCGCUAUCAUCGACACCAAAGCCUAUAGUAGUCAAGGCCAAGACACCACCCUCAAAAUCCAAUAGCGUCCACGAAAAUUUAGUCGCAUCACCACAACAACAGCAGUCGUCUCUUGACAGUAUCUGGGAAGCGAUCAUGCAAAGAUUUGGUGUAGUUAGUGCAUCGUCUGCAGAACUGGUUGGUCUUCGCAACCUUGGAAAUACAUGUUUCAUGGCUUCAAUCAUACAAUGUUUGAACGGUAUAACUCCUCUAGUUGGUCUGUUUUUGUCUGGGGGAUACAAACGACAUAUCAACAGGGACAAUCCAUUGGGUAGUAAAGGAUUGGUUACGGAUUCCUUUGCUGACCUUGUAAACACACUCUGGACUAGUAAAGAAAAGGUUGCGGCGCCAUCUCGGUUCAAGUCGACGAUAUCUAGCUUUGCUCCACAGUUUCAAGGCUACGAGCAGCACGAUGCUCAAGAAUUCCUGGCCUUUUUACUGGAUGCCAUUCACGAAGAUUUGAAUGACGCACGCAAAGGACGACAAUCCAUAGUUAAAGACGAGGAAGACGAUGAGAGUCUCCCGGAUGAGACGUCCACCACGUACGAAGCAACAAUGUAUCUAUCGCUCCCAGUACCAUCGCGGCCGUUUAGCACAAAACCUGUUACUCUGGACGACUGCCUGACCAAGUUCCAUGAGGAAGAGAAUCUUGACGGAAGCGAUUGCUGGUUUUGUAGCAAGUGUAAACAAAAGAGAUCAGCCACGAAAAAACUUUCAAUCCAGAAACUUCCAUCGGUGUUGCUGGUUCACCUGAAACGGUUUAGCUUUCAAGGUCCGUUUGGAAGCAAGGUCGACACAGUCGUUGACUUCCCAUUAGAGAACCUAAACCUAACGAAAUACACUCAGAGGGUUGAUCAAGCCCCAAUAUAUGACCUUGUCGCGGUUUCUUGUCAUCAAGGAUCGCUAUCUGGAGGACAUUACACUGCGUUGGUGAAGAGGAAGAGGGAGAAGAGCGAGGACUGGUAUUUGUUUGACGAUGCAAGAGUAUCGAAAGUGGAUCCAGCAUCAAUAGUGUCACGUUCUGCUUAUAUUCUAUUCUAUUUAAGAAGGCCGAACAAGGCGUCACUGUGA